AUGGGCCGAAAGGCGGUGGCUGUCGGCAGUACGCGGCGGUCCAGUCGUGUCGCUGCCCGUUCUGCGCAGAUUGCAGAGACGGAGGUCCCUGCAAUGUCGUCGGCCAUGGAGAUAUCUCCGGCUAAAUCACAGCCCUCGCCCCAACAAGGUAUUGCCGAGCAGUCGCAGCAACAGGACCCUGCGAUGUCGCCAGUCGGAUGUGACACCACCCCGGCCAAAUCACAACCGACGCCUAAACGGACACCGAAACGAACUCCGAAACGUGCGCCGCGCAAGGCUGCCCGCGGCCGCUGGGACGAGGAACAGCUGUUGACCAGCAACAAGUCCCAACUAAUCGACAUCGAUCUAGUGCAACUCCUAGCAAACCCCGAGGCAUGGAACUGCCUCGAAGAAGACGAGAAACGUGAGAUCCUGGCUCUGCUGCCAGAAGGCACGCACCCAAACCCCGAACCCGAGGCCACACCCGAAGACCCACACCCUAAGAUCGCACCUCUACCGCAGUCCUUCGUCCGAUACUCCAAUAACUGGCGGGACGGGAUUCGGCAGUUCCAGCUCGACCUGCAGAGUGGCCGGUAUGGUGCUGGCUGGCUGCGCCAAGCCGAGAAGGCGCGGCAGCAGCGCACCGAGGGAGACUUUGACGCCUUCAAGGAACGCGAGUUUGAGCAGUUCUGGGGCCAAAAACAGAAAGUCGACUACAAAGUACUGACUGGGGAAAGCUCGCGCGUGAGGCUGGAGACUCUUGUGAAAGAAGGAGUCUUUCUACCGGGUGAUAUCUGGAAGUACUCCAACGUUUUCGGCCGAAAUCAGGAAAGAGUGCAUGUGGAGAAGGAGGCCAAGGUAUGGGCAGGGACUAUUCGCUUCUAUUUUGCCACUUUUCUAACUACCCGUUUCAAGAUCCUUGAAAUCACGGGCUCCAAGUUGACCUUUGUGAUACCCGAUGGCCAACGUGUCUUCCUGUCCAGUGUGCAGCAGGAGCCGCAGUCUCCCGAGACAAAGACGACAACAGUUUCCGAACCACCUAUGGCGAAGGAGACAGAGACAGCUUUGAAUUCACAAGACCAGUGUGCCCCUGCAUCGGUUGUCGUCCUCAGCCCGAACCCACACAAGCAGCCCUCGAAUGGUGAAGGACAAGAGAAACGUGCCGCUUCCCCAGAGCCUCAACCUCCUGCCAAAAGGAAACGAGGCAGACCACCCAAGCAUCCGAAAAAGCCAGAGGAGAAACCCGAUGAUGACCCUUCUAUCUGGGACGUUCCAACCUCUCCUCCAGCAUCGGCUCCAGUGAAAGAACUCGAACCGCAGCCCGUACUUGAUAUCCCAUCAUCCAACGAGAAAAUAGCGAUGGCAGAAGAUCCUACUGAACAGCAGAGCAACCCCGAACGCGACGCCCCAAAGCAAGAGAAUGAAGGAGAAGAAGACACGACAUCCCAUACCAAGCUGCCCCAGCCGCACGAAACAACUGCCCAUCGACCAGGCGAGAUCCUCGUCUGCGAAGUCUCCAACCCGAACACUCUGGUGACCAAGAUCCUGGAAGUCGACGGACGCAGGUCCGGUGUCAGAAACCCGAAUUCCUGGCGGGAGUUUCGCUGCUACCGCAACAAUCAGGAUAUGGGCAGUCUCUGGGAUGUGAGGCAGGCGUGGUUUCUCAGUCAGGAGAAUAAUGAAAAGGAUGAUGAGGAUGAGGAAUACGAGGAAUAA